AUGACCCUUGAUGCUGAAGUCCAGAUAGAUCGCAAGGUUAAAAAAUAUGGGGGACACGUUAGCAAGGGAGAUGUCGAAUCCACUGAGACUACUGGACCAGAUAACCUGGAAUCGGAUUGGAAACCGACUAAAGAGAGUAUUGCCAAGGACUUGAACGGUGAUGCCACCAGCACUUUUUGGGUGGGCAGCGCAUACUUGGUGCCUAGUGCAGGGUUUCAGCCCAUUAUGGCUUCUUUUUCCGACGUUUAUGGGAGAAGAAGAGUACUGGCCAUGGCAUUGGCCCUCUUCGUGAUUGGCUCAAUUGUGGGAUGUCUCGCCCAUAAUAUGGCUACACUUCUCGCCGGGCGUGUCAUUCAAGGAAUCGGAGGAGGCGGACUCAUUCCGCUUGCGACGAUUAUAAUUACAGAUGUAGUGCCUCUACGUCCCAGGCCAAAAUAUGCUGCCUUGGUUCAGGCAUCCAUGGCACUCGGUACUAUGCUUGGGCCUCUAAUAGGCGGUGCCUUUUUGGAACAUACCAGUAGCUCAACGGGCUGGCGCUGGGUGUUUUACAUCAACUUCCCCCUAUCCACCGUUGCCGGAAUUUUGCUUUUCUUUUCGGUCAGGUUCAAAAGGGGCGGGGCUCAGCUUCGUGCCGUUGAUUGGUUUGGCCAAGCUUUGUUCCUGGCCAGUAUCUCCAUAUUCCUGAUCGGCCUCUCGUGGGGUGGAGUGCAGUACACAUGGGAAAGCUAUCACACUUUGGUUCCAUUGUGUCUUGGGGUUGGAGGUAUUGUCGCGACGGUGUGUUGGGAAAUCCUGGGGACUGAGCAUCCUUUUGUGAGGAUUUCUGUGCUUCAAGAUCGAUCUGCUUUGGCUGUGUAUGCGGGGUCUAUUGUCCAAGGAAUUCUAAUGUAUGGCGAGCUUUAUUAUAUUUCUGUGUAUCUGCAGGCUGUGAAAAGCAUGUCCGCGGUCAUGACUGGUGUUGGCCUCCUCCCAGUAUCGGUUGCGCUCAUGCCCACAAGUAUAGUCGUGGCUAUUUUCAUUUCGAAAACUGGACGCUACCGCUGGGCGCUAUGGUUUGGUUGGGCCGCUACCAUUGCAGCAACGGGUGUGACCAUUAUUCUGGACAGUGAUACCAACACAGCCAGCUGGAUCUUCAUUUUUGCCUUCGUUGGUUUUGGGCAUGGAGUGCUAUUCAAUGCGCUUUUAAUCUCAGCACAAGCCUCGUGUGCAGCAGCCGACGCAGCAUAUGCAGCUUCGAUGUAUACCUUCUUCCGCACGCUAGGCUUUGCUAUUGGAGUGAUAAUCGGCUCUACUGUCUUACAGAACUUCAUGUCCAUGAAACUCCACGAAUUGGACCUUCCGACUGCGAUCGCUCAAAAUGCGGAAGGCUUCAUUGAAACUCUUAAAACACUAGCCAGCGGGUCAGCUCUGCGUGAAGGUGUUCUAACCGCC